UAUAACAAAUUUAUUGACUGUGAAAGACGACAUUUAUGAUCACAAACUCGAUAACACAUAACACUGUAUUGACCCCGGAACUUUGUGUUGACCGUCGUCAUGGAAGACGGAAGUUGGUGUAGAGUGUGCGGCCUCUGGAUCUCUGGCAGACCAAGCUGGCUGAUGACAGUAGCCAUGCCCAUGCUAGCUGUAGUUGCUACAGUAGCCAUGCCCACGCUAGCCGGUAUAACCACCCUAGUAAUGCCCAUGCUACAUGUAGAUGCCACUGUAGCCAUGCCCCUGCUAGCUGUAGUUGCUACAGUAGCCAUGCCCACGCUAGCCGGUAUAAUCACCGUAGUAAUGUCCAUGCUACAUGUAGAAGCCACUGUAGCCAUGCCCAUGCUAGCUGUAGUAGCUACAAUAGCCAUGACUACGCUAGCCGAAGUAGCAAUGCCCACGUUAGCCAUAGUAACCACCGUAACCAUAAGGACAGUAACCAUAGUAUGCAUAGUAGUAGGAACAGUAACCAUAUCCACCAUAGCCUCUGUACCCAUAAUAACCUCCGUACCCACCAUAGCCUCUGUAUCCGACAUAGCCUCUGAAUCCACCAUAACCUCCAUAACCUCUAUACCCGCCAUAACCUCUGUAUCCGCUGUAGCCUCUGUACCCGCCUCUGUAUCCGCCUCUGAAACCCCCACCACCCCCUCUGCCAUAACGUGGAUCAGGGUCGGGCUGUGCCUCAGGUGAGGGGUCGGGCUGUGCCUCAGGCGAAGGGUCGGGCUGUGCCACAGGUGAGGGGUCGGGCUGUGCCACAGGUGAAGGGUCGGGCUGUGCCACAGGUGAGGGGUCGGGCUGUGCCACAGGUGAAGGGUCGGGCUGUGCCACAGGUGAGGGGUCGGGCUGUGCCACAGGUGAAGGGUCGGGCUGUGCCACAGGUGAGGGGUCGGGCUGUGCCACAGGCGAAGGGUCGGGCUGUGCAUCAGGAGCGGGGAUGGCCACAGCCAGCCCCAGCAACAG